AUGGAAUUUUUACAACAGAAUAUUAAGUGUAGAACUGAAUUAAGUAGUUCAAAUGUUGCAUUAACUAGAAUAAUAAUUUUUAUGUUACUAAUGAUUGCCGGAAUUGAGUUAAAUCCCGGACCUUUUCCUCGAUCUCCUCCAAUAUCAAGUCAAGCAGUUAUGCAAAAAAGGGGACGAGGGAGACCACGUAAAGAGCAUACAAGAGAUAUAGAAGAAAAUACUCAGACAAGCGAAAUGUCAGGAGAGGANUAUAUGCAGAGGAAUAGAAUAUUUGAAAGGAAUACGGAAAUAAUCAUAAUAGUGUGUUAUGCAUUUUUAAUGGUAUCUGGAAUUUUUAGCAAUUUAUUAGUGACCGUUGCCAUCUUUCGUAAUAAAAUAAGAACAAAUCGUAAUCUGCUCGUAGUAAAUCUAAAUUUUACCGACAUCACAUUGUGUAUAUUUUGCAUGCCGUUCACUGCACUGGUUUUAGUAAAACGCCAUUGGCCUCUAGAUGAAAGCCUUUGCAAAAUUGUACCUUUCCUUCAAGGUUCUACGGUCUUUGUGUCAGCAGCUACAGUAUCAGCUAUUGCUAUCGAUAGAUAUAACGUUGUUACAUCUCGCGUACCGCAGAAAAGAGAAGACAGAGAAAAAAGAAUAGCAUAUUUUAUUUUUGUAAUAUGGAUAAUAUCGAUAAUUCUUUCCAGUCCGGUAUGUUUUUCUCAAACUGUCAGUACUGUUGGUCUACCUGGUAUUGCUAUAUACAAACGCUGUGUGGAGCACUGGCCUUCCAAUUUUACAAAAAGCACCUAUACUAUAAUAAUUGUUCUGGCUCAGUUCAUUAUUCCCGCAACAGUAUUAGUGAUUACACACUUCAGAAUUAAAUCUCACUUAAAUCUUACCCUUUUUCAGCAAACUUUUGCUGGAUUUCGUAAAGAUUAUGAGAAAAUUCGUAAAGAAUUAGGAAGAAAUAAAAGAGCAACAAUGGUCUUAAUGAAUAUUACUGUCGUUUUUGCUGCUAGUUGGUUACCUUGGAAUGUUGUUAAUUUAGUUGCAGACUUUCAUCCAACUAGUAUGUCAGCUUACAACCUUUAUCUUUCUUUUGCUAUAUGUCAUAUAAUUGCUAUGACAUCUGCUACGUCGAAUCCUAUUUUAUACGGUUGGCUUAAUACUAAUAUAAGAAGAGAACUUUUAAGGUUUGGACAUUCCGUAGGAACAGUAUUAUCUUCUCUAAAGAGCACGAAUAGUGAUAAUCUUCCUACGAAUACUUAUAAUAUCAAAUCACCUUUUUCAAUUGAAGAAUUAAAAACGAAUAAAAUUCCAUGUAUCGAGUCUGUUAUUUAAAUUUGUGUAAAUUAUUGAU